GAGGCAGCCAUGGCGGGAGGAAUCAAAGUGGCGGGCUGGUCGGCGGUUGGUCCCUGGCCCCGGUGCGGGGGCCCGGCGGCCCGCGGGGCCGCGUGGCUGGUCUUCGUCCUCUUCGGCUGCGUGGUCUGCGGCUCAGCUGGAAUUGAUGUAAAUGUGGUCAUGCUUCAGGAAUCCCAAGUUGAUAUGAAUUCCAGUCAACAAUUCUGUUAUAAAAAUGUGUUUAUCCCAAAGUGGUAUGAUAUAUGGACACGGAUACAGGUCCGGGUAAAUAGCUCCAAACUGGUCCGAGUCACCCAGGUGGACAGUGAGGAGAAGCUGAAGGAACUAGAGCAGUUUAGUAUUUGGAACUUUUUUUCUUCCUUUUUAAAAGAGAAAUUGAAUGACACCUAUGUUAACGUGGGUCUGUACAGUACAAAAACCUGCCUCAAAGUUGAGAUUUUAGAGAAGGACACCAAAUACAGUGUCAUUGUGACCCGGAGAUUUGACCCCAAAUUUUUCCUUGUUUUCUUCCUUGGACUUACACUAUUUUUUUGUGGAGACUUGUUGAGCAGGAGUCAAAUUUUCUACUAUUCCACUGGAGUGAGCGUGGGGAUUGUGGCCUCUCUGUUAAUCAUCAUUUUUAUGCUCUCCAAGUUUAUGCCCAAGAGAAGUCCCAUUUACGUCAUCCUGGUAGGAGGCUGGUCCUUCUCUCUGUACCUCAUUCAGCUAGUUUUUAAGAAUUUACAAGAGAUAUGGAGGUGUUAUUGGCAUUAUCUUCUAAGCUACAUCCUCACAGUCGGAUUCAUGAGUUUCGCAGUGUGCUACAAGUAUGGGCCCCUGGAGAAUGAACGAAGCAUCAACCUGCUGACCUGGACACUGCAGCUGCUGGGCCUGGGCUUCAUGUACUCCAGCAUUCAGAUACCACACGUUGCUUUUGCCCUCAUUAUCAUUGCCCUGUGCACUAAGAACCUGGAGUACCCUGUUCAUUGGCUGUACACCACCUACAGAAAGAUGUGUAAGGCAACAGCAAAGCCCGUCCCCCCUCGCCUCCUGACAGAAGAGGAGUAUCGGAUACAAGGAGAGGUGGAGACCCAAAGGGCUCUACAGGAACUCCGAGAGUUUUGUAAUAGUCCAGAGUGUUCUGCCUGGAAGACUAUAUCUCGGAUUCAGUCUCCAAAAAGAUUCGCCGACUUUGUGGAAGGUUCUUUUCACCUCACACCAAAUGAAGUUUCUGUUCAUGAGCAGGAGUAUGGAUUAGGGAGCAUAAUUGCCCAGGAUGAGGAGCUAUCCUCAGAGGAGGAGGGCUCAGAGUACCCCACUGUCACCCAGAACAGCUUCCUGACUUAGAUGGGGGAACCCGUUAUUUUCACAUAGACAGUGUGAUGCCUUGGCGGUCCAUGUGCACGUGCUGUGCGGUCUCUUGGGCUUACAUAACGGCCUGAAGAGGGUGCAGAAGCUCUCCUGCUGAAAUGAGAGGUUCUCCACUGGACCCCUGAGGAAUGAGUGGAGGAAGAAGUGAGUGCUGUGGUAGCUUGCCUCUGACAACCGAGCUAUUGGUUCACUUGCUGUUCCUGAAGAAACUGGUUGGCCACAGCCAGCAUGAUAUUCUAGCUCCUGUUUGAAAGUUCACUGAAUGAUGGCGUUUCUGACUCUGACAAGCCCACAGAAAUGAGGACUAAGUGCAGUAGUGCAUUCAGAUCAUAGGCUGCACCUUCUAAAGAGAAAUGUACAAAUCUGAGCCAGUUUGACUUCUGUGUGACUCAGCUGGUCUUAAACUCUCAGUCCUUUUACCUCAGCCUUCAGUGCUAGGAUCUUAAACCUAUGCUGCCAUGCCAAGCUUUUUUUCUCUGUUAUCCCUGGCUUCCUGGAACUCACUCUGUAGACCAGGCUGGCCUUGAACUCACAGAGAUCUGCCUGCCUCUGCCUCCCGUGUUAGGAUCAAAGGUGUGUGCCACCACACCUGUUAUACCAAACUUCUUGUCUUGAUUUUAUAUAUCCUUUUUAUAGCUUGGUUCCUAUAGCUAGGAAGAGAAGUCUUGUUUACUUCUUUUCCCCUAUCUGAUCACAUAUCUUUAAGUUACUACUCAAUCAAGAUAUUAUUCCAGGGCUGGAGAUGUAGCUCAGUGGUAGAGCACUUACUGACUCAGCAUGCAAGGCCCUGGUAGAACUUCAGCGUCACAGCGAAACCAAUCCUAUCUCCUUGUCCCUGUCUCCUAUUAUAUACCCAUUCUGUUCAUUUAGCCUUCUCACCACCUGCAUGGUUCCAGAUCUGGUAAUUUGCAAUUCCUGAAACCAUCUAUUAAGUUUCUUUAUAUACAGUUUCAGUUAUGUGGCUGCCACAACUUUGCUUGGCAGAUAAAGACCGUAAGGUGAUCUUCAUGCCGUUGACACUCAUUCAGCUGUCAGCAUCAGACACACCCCCCAGUUCCAAUCUGACGGAGAUGCUGUCUCUUUCCUUAGCUGCCGUUGAAGGUACCCUCAGAAGCUGGCGGUGUCACUUAGGAGGGAGCAGACUCCCAAGUUUCUGCCGUUUGCUUGGUUCUUUCAUUGUGAUCUUCACCAUCACAUUGGAAGAAGUGUGUAGCUUUUGUGAUUCCUUCAGCCAGGAAGGUGGGUGCUCACUUAGGUAGACAGCAUCAGACUCGUUGUCUUAGGAUCGUCGAGAAGGAAGAUGGUGUCUUCAGACCUGCUGUCAGCAUCUAGUUUUGAAAGACCCUAGGCUCCACUGCUGGCAUCCAAAAUGCCGGCAGAGUGGCCAGAGAGUUCUUUCAACCAGUGUUCCCCAUAGCCUUAAAUUGUCCUAAAGUGACUACUACUUCAACUGGUAGAUGUGAAACAGGAGAAACGGAAAGCUCGCAGUUGUAAGCAGGUGCCACGGGUUCAAGCAGUCGAGUACAAGAUGUUCUUGUGAAUUACAAAUACGGUAAAAGUCUGUCCCUAAGCUUCAGGAAAGGCGGAGAUGAAGCUCAGAAGCAGGACGUGCUUGUCUGGCAGGCACAAAGCUAGUAUUCAGUUCCGGGUAUCACAAAAAACCCCACCAGUAGCAACAAAAGCCUUCCAAAACACACUAUUUUGGAACCUCCUUUGUAGAAAUUGGUACCCUUCUAUACAGAUGGCGUUCAGUCCUGGGAGCCCUUGGUGCCUUUUCCUACAUCACUCCCUGUGAAUGGCAGCUUGCUAAAGGGGAGGGCUGACUUAGAUGUUUAUUUUAAUGAAAAAUCACUGUGAAUGACUUUGUUCUGUGUGGUGAGCUCCCUGUGAAAUACGGAUUUCAUUUCAAGGCCAUGUGUUUUUUACCUGUAUUUAAAGCUCUUUUUCUUUCCCUGCCUGGGGAACUGAGUGGUGUGGGAGCUGUUCUCAGACAGUGAAGGACAGUGCUGCUGCUGUGUGCUGUUUAUCCUUGUCCUGCCUGCCUGUGUGUCUGUCUGAAUGCUCGAUGGAUCUCAGCCUCAUUGUUCAGACCGAUCUCAUCAGGGAUUGAAGGAAGGACUGGGUUGAGCUGGACACUGGAGCCAUGUCUGCUGCCAUGUCAGCGUCUUUGCUUAGCAGCUAUCAAGCCAUAGUUAAUUCCUGGACUCAGGGUCUCAUUAUUGGAAAUCUAUUGCUUCUAAUCAGUCUGACCUGAGUUUAUAGAACAUGGUUCCCAUUAAUGGGAACACAAGAGGCAGUUGGCAUAAGACUUUACAGUACCCCUUUCCUCAGAACAUAAUGACCAAAGCUGAGAAAAAUUGAGCAACUUUGAUAACUUUGUUACCUUGAAAUGUAACAUUCUUGUUAUAUCAACAGUGGUUAUUUUGCUGGUGAUGGCUCCUUGGGUUCCACUGUUCUGUCUUACCAUGUUAUGUCCUAUCCUAGGGCAUAUCCCUUUAUUAAUCAAUUGCGUUCUCUCUAGCCACCCUUCUUGGCAUAGGUGAUGGAGGUUUAAUGAGUGAAAGGACCCAAAUAGGCCAGGGAAUCCCCCUAGACCUUGAUACUCAUGGAGGGUUUGGGAAUGGGUUAUGUAAUUGCCCUCAAUCUUUUGUUCCAGAAAAAAAAAAGAUGAGCUGAGAUGGAUGACUGUGCUACAAUGGUGUCCCUAGCUGUGUCCUUAUAACUCUUCAGAAUUGAAUAGUAACAGUUGAAGUAGGAGGACAGAAAAUUGUAUCCUCUUCCAGUAUUCCUUUGGACUCAGGUCUAGCAUUUGAGACGAUUGUCUGUAUUUGAAUGAAGAAUUUUAUCUGAACACAGGGAAGGACAGUGGGGCAGAUUUACUGAAGUCUCAGGUUAGCUAGGCUGUGAGAGCAAGGGAUAAACAAAGUAUCUGUUGUAUAUGACAAGUUUGCCUAAGUCUUGCAUGUAGCAGAAAUGAUUUUUUUGGGGGGAGCUUAUGCAAUUGUGGUAACCCAGUGGUAUUUUCUGUUGCUGUUGGGGUCCAGAUGGCUACUACUUUGAAGAGGUGGUUCGAAAGUCGGUUGUAGUGGUGUGUGUGUGUAUAUACCUGAACUUGGAAGGCUGAGGGGAGAGGAUCACUUGAGUCUGGACAUUUUAAAUUGGUAGGGGCAGCAAAGGAGACCCCCAUCUCAAAAUAGAAAGUUUUAGUGCCUUAGAUGGCAGGACCACGAACCCACUGUGGAUAAACAAAGCAUGCAAACACCAGUGUUAGCCCCAUUGCCUCAGCAGGGUCAGGAGUGAUCACACAGACCCAGACAUGUGCCGCGUGCCAUUUUUGUUUGACACGCUUUAUUGUUUAGACUGGGUGUGCCCCUCUGUAUGUAGCCUGGAGCUCAGGACAACCCUGCCUCAGUCUCUGAUUGCUGGGAUUACAGGCAUGAGCCACCAUGUCCAGUUUCCUUUUAUACUCUUGAUAACUUGAAAAUGAUGAAAGCAGUUACUUUGAACUUUGGGGCAGCGUGAACAUUGCUGUGUGACAGAUUGCCCCAGUGUGAACCUCAGCACCUGUUAAAACCCACAGUGGCCACACUUUCCAUGUCUCUGGAAUUGAUACUGAAAUAGCAAGGCCAAGAAACUACUAGGUGAGUUUUAGCCUGUGGGUGAUGCCUUAGUGUUAAUUUAGAUAAAAUAUUUGUCAUUUGUACUUAGUAAAUGUCAAUGGAUAUUCAGGAAGAACAAAAUUAUCAGGGAUGGCUGUUUGCCAUGGUCUUCCCCUAUCUUUCUGUAAGAAAAAGUGAUGCUGUGUAUUUUUAUUAUUAUUAUUAUUAUAUGGCUUGUAAAUAAUCACAAUUUUAAUAAA